UUGAGAGUUUUUUACUGUAAUAAAACUUAAAUUUUAAACUCAAAUCGACGAAAUGAACUAACAUUAAGAAAGUCAUUUUGGAUGAGUAAGAACGGCUGUCCCCCUCAAGGUGGCCCCGCCGUUACUAAUUAGAAAAAAAUAGUAAAGACGCGUCUUUAAAAGGCGCGUCUCCAGCUCUCUCACGAAACACUUUCCCACAAAAACACAGCCAAAAGAAAAACAACUCAGAGAAAAAGAAAAGAAAAUUCAGAGAAAUCAGUCAGAAAAUGGGAGGCUUCUCUUGCGAAUCCGAAUCAUGGGUUUUGAACCCAGAAGAAGAACACCACGAUCAUCAGAGAUCGCUCUCUCGAACGAGCUCUGGAUUUGAGUUUCGGUCGAAGAACAACCAAGAAAAGAAGAAGAAGAAGAAAACGAAGAAGGAGAAUUCGUGUUCAGAGAAGAAGAACGGGGUGUUGCUGGAGCUGGAAGGAGAUGAGCUUGGAAGGACGAAGAGUCUGACGGACGAUGAUCUCGAGGAGCUCAAAGGGUGUGUGGAUCUGGGUUUUGGUGGAUUCAGUUAUGAUGAGAUUCCGGAGUUGAAGAACACGUUGCCUGCUCUGGAGCUCUGCUAUUCCAUGUCUCAGAGCUCUUCUCUUUCUGACUCCUCAUCCACUCCCAUUCCUAAUUGGAAAAUCUCCAGUCCUGGUGACCAUCCAGAGGAUGUUAAAGCAAGGCUCAAAUUCUGGGCACAAGCCGUGGCUUGUACUGUUAAAUUAUGCAGCUGAACUAUCAAAAGAAAACACUUUAUAAUGAAUUCAUAUCUUUUCCAAAAAAGAAAUAUGUUACGGCCAUCAAUCAUCCUUUGAGAAAAAAAGCUGGAUCUUUUAUGUGAAGAGCUGUGUGCUCUUCACUGGUCCACUCCUAGGAAAAAAAAAAAAAAAAUCCUAAAAAAUUCUCAAGUUGAAGCUGGAGAUGGGCCUUCAAAAGGUUCUGCUCAUGAAUGGGAUUAAUGGGUUCUAUCUAUUUUUGGAGAAGAAACAAGAAAGAGCUAAAGAAGGAGGAGGAGGAGAAGAAGAAAGAAGAAUGUUUCAGCUGUGACUGGUGAGAGCUUCCGUUUAGAGCUUCACCAACACUGAUCUCUGUUGUUUUUGCUGAUGACAUGAACCUCUGCAAUUUGGCUGAGGUAACUAACCUAACUUUUAACUGAUCCAUAAUCAGUCAACUUUUUGCGCUUGAAUUAUGACCCUAAGUGAUGCAUCAACGCUCACGUGUCAGUCGGUAGAGUAGAAUCGUCACUGUUAAUGUGGCGAUUGCAUCAUCAACGGUGAUAGAUAGCAUUUUUCUCAGAAUUAUGGUGAUGGUGUUACAUUACUAACUAAGCUUUAACUCUGUGGACUAGCUAUGAUAAUCCAUUCCAUUUCCGGGGAUAUAGUUAUAUAUGCCCGUCAGGCUGGUAUUGCAGAAGCCAGUGGAGGGAGAGGGAGAUUGCAAACUUUACUUCCUUGACUGACCACAAUCUCAUUCUCAUGUGCUAAUUUCCCAAUUUAGAGACUUUUUGGCUUUGCUUUCCAAGGGCAAUAGUUCCUUGUGAUUAUGUGUAAGGACUGAUUUUAAGAGUCACUAGUUCUUAGCUGACUUCUGAUAAGAUGAUGUAUUGUUUGUAUUUUGAUGGUACAAUUGACGGCGUUUAUCUUUAUGUUGUUACUAAAGUUGCAAGCAUUGUGACUUAGGUGACAUUAACUAGAAUGAUUCUUAGAUAGAGUUGAGUUGUGGUGUUGAACACUGCUGAUAUUUUUUGUUGUCAUUACAACUACUAAGAAAAAAGGUACAAAAGAUUAAUGGCAUUCUUGAUGGGU